UGUAGGACGGGAAUUCAGAGAACUUUUCUGAACUGAGGAAACAGCUCUUCGUGGAUUUUGAGAAGCCGCGGGAUCCGGAAUCAGCGCAACCCUAACUCCAAGAAGUCUCCUUUACCCCGCGCUCCCUCAGCCUCUGCGGCCUGGGCAGGUCGCACCCCAGGUCCCAGGCCAAUCCCGGGUCGCAGACCUCGGCCUAGGGUCCCAAAGAUGCGCAAGUUACCAGCCGUCCUCGUCCUGCUACUGAGCAUCUUCUGCGGAGUGCUAGCCAAGUCAGUCCGUCAUCACCCAGCUGACCUCCAGAAUGUGCAGCAGAGCCCAUCAGAAGGAAAAUGCCAACCAGGGUCCUACCUGUCAGAAGAGGAUGGUUGUGUGCCCUGCAUGGAAGGUAUAGAGUAUACCAGCCACGCCAACAGUCUGCCUUCGUGCAUAAAGUGCAGCAUCUGUCUGGCAGAUGAAGAUGAAAUAGCGAGAUGCAACUCCACCCAGGACACCAAGUGUCAGUGCAAACCAGGCACGUUUAAAGAUGAAAACUCUCCUGAGUUCUGCCAGAAGUGCUCCAAGUGCCCUGAUGAAGAAUCUGAAAAGACUUCCUGUACCCCGAAAACAAACCGAAUGUGUGUCCCCAAAGACUCUCAACUCAACUUAGGCCUCAUCAUAGGGUUCGUAGUGGCGGGGCUGCUGCUGCUGCUUUUUCUUGCAGGUUUCUGGAAAUCUGGGGCAUGGGGGCGAACAUUGCAGUUGGUGAAAAGAGCCUAUCCAGGCCGUGAACAGCACUCUGAAAAUUCUGUGCCUCUCACGGAACUGCGGACAUCCAACCCGGAAAAUGACUCUCCUGCAGUGAAGGCCUCAGAGGAAUCCGAGGAAGCUCCGGAUUCUCCAACAGAAGCUGAGUCUCUAGUUCCGGCAAAUGGAAUCGACCCAAUUGACGGACAGCCUGCUGCGUCAGAUGGACCUCACAGACAAUGAGAUUCAAGUGAUCAGGGCUAAAACCCAGGCACCAGGAGAAGCUUUGCAUCAAAUUCUGCUGAAGAGGCUCACGCAGAUAGGUCAGAGUGCUUCCAUCAACAAUCUCUGGAUGCCUUGAAAGCUGUGGAAGAGAGGAAUGCCCUGGACACAAUCAAAGACAACGUAGUGAAAUCUGGAAAGUUCAUUUAUCAAAAAGCUACAGCGGAGCCAGGCAAGAUGACACUCCAGCACUGAGGAGACAGAGGCAGGAGAAUCUCUAUGAGUUCAAGUGGUCUAUAUGGUGAACUCAGAACAGCCAGGAUGGAGUGGAAACCUGUCUGAAAAGAACAAGAAGAUGUAUCAGGCCUAAUGUUACUGGGAUUAAUUUUAUUUUAAUUUAAUUUAAUUUUAUUUUUCUGUAUUUAUUAUAUCAUAUAAUAUCAUAUCAUACUGGAAGCUAGACCCAGAACCGCAUGAACAGGAGGCAAGCAUCUGAACACUAAAAUGCAUCUCCAGCAUCCUGGCUGCCUUGGCUCCUCUCUUGAACUUCUAACUCCCAGGCGUCCAGAUUUCUCGCUUCCUCAAGUUGAGUUUGCUGGUUUGGACACAUAGGGAACAUAAAAAGCAUUAUCUGGGGUGUCCCAUUCUUCACCCCCUUUUCUGCCACUUUCUGGGGAAUAAGUAGCAUCCUGGCUCCAAGUGCCUCUGGGAUCCCCGAGAAGCAACUUUUGUUUGGUCUCAUGGCCUGGAUUCUCUUUAGUGUGGGUUCCAGUCCUUCUUUACAUAUACUUAAUCUGUCUAGGUGUGUAUAACUGGAUCUUUUAAACUUUACAACAUUAUACUUCUGUUUGUUUUUGUCUUAUCAUUCUGGGUACCAGACAACUAUAUAGGUAUAUAUAAAUACUUACAUGUUUACAGGUAGGUGUCACCAAGUGCAGAGACUUGGGAACUGUAUCCACACUGAUGGAAAUGGCUGGUCCAUGAUCUUGAUUAGAUUGAGAGGUGCUGGGCCAGGGAGAUGACUCAGCAGAUAAAGGUGCUUGCCACUGAGCCUGAUGACCUAAGUUCUAUCCCAGGAACCACAUGAU